CUUUGUAAUAGCAUCAAAGCAAAAAAACAAACAUAAGGAUCCUUUAGUUCUCUCUCACACACAGUCACACUUAAGUCCUUACAUUUGUAUCACCAUUACUAUACAUCAAAAUGGAAAGCGUCAAAAGUUUAGUUGCAGACAAACCAGUGGUGAUCUUCAGCAAAAGCUCUUGCUGCAUGAGCCACUCAAUUCAAACACUGAUCUCAGGGUUUGGGGCGAAGAUGACAGUCUACGAGCUAGAUCAAUUCUCAAACGGUCAGGAAAUCGAGAAGGCAUUAGUACAGAUGGGGUGUAAGCCCAGUGUACCAGCUGUGUUCAUAGGACAACAGUUAAUUGGUGGUGCUAACCAGGUAAUGACUCUCCAAGUCAAGAACCAACUAGCAGCGUUGCUAAGAAGAGCCGGAGCCAUAUGGGUGUAACAGAAGGCAAGAAAGUUCCAAAUGCAAACUAGGAUAGAAUAAGAUAUAUAGUUGUUUUUGCCUCUUCUUUGUUUUUGUUUUCUUCUGAGUCGGGUUUCGAGUUUCUACAAUGCACGGAUAUGUUUUCAACAAGUGCAACUCUGUAGUUACACAACCCUUGUACUAAGAUCAAGAACUUGUACUCUCAGUUACUUAUACUUGUUAUAACAAUCUAUGUAAGCACUUACGAGCAAUAAAAAAACAAUCUAUGUAAGCACUUACGAGCAAUAAAAAGAGAAAGAUUUGCUUUUGCA